GGCUGUCUGAUAGCUCUCUGCUUUCCACAGUCCUUCGACUAGAAAAAGAAAUCAAAGUGUUUUAAUCAUGCUGAGCAGCAAGGGCCAGGGACUCCUUCCCUUUGGUUUGUGUCUCUGGUUGUGUAUAUUCAUGCCUGGCUUGAAAGGCUCUGCAGGCUGUGCCUCUGAAGAGAGACUUUUUCACAAACUGUUUUCUCAUUAUAACCAGUUCAUCAGGCCUGUAGAAAACGUUUCUGAUCCCGUCACGGUGCAUUUUGAGGUGGCCAUCACACAGCUGGCCAAUGUGGAUGAAGUAAACCAGAUCAUGGAAACCAAUCUGUGGCUACGUCACAUCUGGAAUGAUUAUAAAUUGCGCUGGGACCCAAUGGAAUAUGAUGGCAUUGAGACUCUACGUGUUCCCGCAGAUAAGAUCUGGAAGCCUGACAUUGUUCUCUACAACAAUGCUGUUGGUGAUUUUCAAGUCGAAGGCAAGACAAAAGCUCUUCUUAAAUAUGAUGGCAUGAUAACCUGGACUCCACCAGCUAUUUUCAAGAGUUCCUGUCCUAUGGAUAUCACUUUUUUCCCUUUUGAUCACCAAAAUUGUUCCCUGAAAUUUGGUUCCUGGACAUAUGACAAAGCUGAAAUUGAUCUUCUAAUCAUUGGAUCUAAAGUGGAUAUGAAAGAUUUUUGGGAAAACAGCGAAUGGGAAAUUGUUGAUGCUUCUGGCUACAAGCAUGACAUAAAAUACAACUGUUGUGAGGAGAUAUACACAGAUAUAACCUAUUCUUUUUACAUUAGAAGAUUGCCGAUGUUUUACACCAUUAAUCUGAUCAUCCCCUGUCUCUUUAUUUCAUUUCUAACUGUGCUGGUCUUUUACCUUCCUUCUGAUUGUGGUGAAAAGGUGACCCUUUGCAUCUCAGUUCUGCUUUCUCUGACUGUGUUUUUGCUGGUAAUCACGGAAACCAUCCCGUCCACAUCUCUUGUGAUCCCACUGGUGGGUGAGUACCUCCUGUUCACCAUGAUCUUUGUCACCCUGUCCAUUGCGGUGACUGUGUUCGUGUUGAACAUACAUUAUCGCACUCCAACAACACACACCAUGCCCACGUGGGUGAAGACGGUUUUCCUCCAGCUGUUACCGCAGAUCCUGAUGAGGAGGAGGCCUCUGGACAAGAUGAGGGGGGCGAGUUCUGAUAAAAACUACAAAAGCAUAUCCAGUAGGCCCACCAGAGUCAACUUUGAUCAUUGCGGAGAGACCAAACUUCCUAAAGCAUGCUGCUGCUGUCAUACAUCAGGUGAGCUGGCCGCCAGCAAGAACAGAUUAAGUCAUCGGCCUUCACAGUGGAUGACUGACAAUUCAGAGCACUCGCCCGACGUCGAAGAUGUAAUUAAUAGUGUUCAAUUCAUAGCAGAAAACAUGAAGAACCAAAAUGAAACAAAGGAGGUGGAGGACGACUGGAAAUAUGUUGCCAUGGUGGUGGACAGGGUGUUUCUUUGGGUGUUUAUAAUUGUCUGUGUGUUUGGAACUGCGGGGCUAUUUCUACAGCCGCUGCUGGAGAACACAGGGAAGUCUUAAGGAUGUAUUUUCCUUUUAGCUUUUGAAACUUACAGAUGCUGUAUUUGUUCUAUGUUCCCGACCACCAGGAAAGGGACAUAAAGCUUUCCAUCCAAGUCCCCCAUAUACUGAAGCUGAUGGCUAGAUGGAAAGAGAGGACUUUAUUGCAACUCAGGGGGCUGAACGCCCCCCUCUGUAGCACAGAGGGUACUUGAAGAUGUUUUAUAGCCCUGGAGCAGAGUGGGCAGCACCCACAGGCUUCUCCUCUCUGUACUUGUUCCACUUCCAGGGACACGAAUGACCCAUAAUACAGUGAACCAUGUAAUCAGCAUCAAGCCACGCUAGAAUGGGGUACCCUUAUCCCUCCAGUUUCCACUGCUUAUCAUCCAGACGUGAAACUCCAGCUCAUAGCUUGCCGGCACCUUGGUGCUUGGAACUAUUACACGCUCGCUUCCUCAGGCAUGCCUCUGGGAUGGGCUCCGACACGUCAACAUUAUUUGAUAUGUUAAUUGGCAAAAAGUAAUAGCAGGUCAUCCGUGUCUAUCUCAGCAGGCUGCACCUAAUUAACAUUCAUCUGGCAAGAAACUCGAGUGGUAACCCAGCACUGUGCUAGGCAUGGCGAGGGCAACAGAAAUAGGUCCUGUCCCCAAGUGCUUGCAGCUUUUUAGGAAAAGCCAUAAACACAAAGAUGUCCAGGACCAGGUGGCGCGUGGGGAAUGUGGCUGGAGCAGCGGAGUGGGAGAGCGUGAUGUGGUGUGGCCACGCAGACAUGGAGCAGCCUCUGCUGCCGGUCCGAGACGGUAGCGUUUCCAUUUGUUCGAUGCAACCGAGACAGCAAAUAAAGUUAUUCUGCAAGAAAUUGUGAUCUGGUACCUCUUGGAGCAAUACCUUUCCUGAGAGGGAGCACUUGGGGAAUUCUGUUUCAUUCCACCCUCAUUUAUCUUCAUAUUUGUUGUAUAAAUAUUAUUGUAACUUAAAAAUGUAUUUCAAAGCAGAAAAAAAUAAAUCUACUUAA